CACACUCUGGGCGCCAGCGGCAGGAACGAACGCAGGGCUAGAGAGAGUGCGGCCACCGCUGCCUCCGCCACGACACAUGGGCUGGCCUCAGUGCCGCCUCCCCUAGCCCCGGCAGCCCCGGUCUCGCAACCUCCGGACCAGCCAGCCAUGUCUCUCAGCGGAGUCUCCGAGCGCAGCGUCCCGGCCACCAAGAUUGAAAUUACCGUAUCCUGCCGGAACCUGCUGGACCUCGACACCUUCUCCAAGUCCGACCCGAUGGUGGUGCUUUACACGCAGAGCCGGGCCAGCCAGGAGUGGCGAGAGUUCGGACGAACCGAGGUGAUCGACAACACGCUGAACCCAGACUUUGUGCGCAAAUUCGUCCUCGACUAUUUCUUCGAAGAAAAGCAAAACCUACGCUUCGAUGUGUACAACGUCGACUCCAAAACCAACAUCUCCAAACCGAAGGAUUUCCUGGGACAAACGUUUCUGGCCCUGGGAGAGGUGAUUGGAGGCCAGGGAAGCCGAGUUGAGAGACUCCUCACGGGUGUACCAGGCAAGAAAUGUGGGACCAUCUUGCUGACCGCAGAGGAACUUAGCAACUGUCGGGACAUUGCCACCAUGCAGCUGUGUGCCAACAAGCUGGACAAAAAGGACUUCUUUGGAAAGUCAGAUCCCUUCCUUGUGUUCUACAGGAGCAAUGAGGAUGGCACGUUCACCAUCUGCCACAAGACAGAGGUUGUGAAAAACACACUGAACCCUGUGUGGCAGCCCUUCAGCAUCCCUGUGCGGGCACUGUGCAAUGGAGACUAUGACAGAACAGUGAAGAUUGAUGUGUACGACUGGGACCGGGAUGGAAGCCAUGAUUUCAUUGGUGAGUUCACCACCAGCUAUCGAGAGCUGAGCAAGGCCCAGAACCAGUUCACAGUGUAUGAGGUACUUAAUCCUCGGAAGAAGUGUAAGAAGAAGAAAUAUGUCAACUCAGGAACUGUGACGCUGCUCUCCUUCUCUGUGGACUCUGAAUUCACUUUUGUUGACUACAUCAAGGGCGGGACACAGCUGAACUUCACAGUAGCUAUUGACUUCACAGCUUCCAAUGGGAAUCCCCUGCAACCCACCUCCCUGCACUACAUGAGUCCCUACCAGCUCAGCGCCUAUGCCAUGGCCCUCAAGGCAGUGGGAGAGAUCAUCCAGGACUAUGACAGUGACAAACUCUUCCCAGCAUACGGCUUUGGGGCCAAGCUGCCUCCAGAGGGACGGAUCUCUCACCAGUUCCCCCUGAACAACAAUGAUGAGGAUCCCAACUGUGCUGGCAUUGAGGGUGUGCUGGAGAGCUACUUCCAGAGCCUGCGUACAGUGCAGCUCUAUGGACCCACUUACUUUGCUCCUGUCAUCAACCAAGUGGCCAGGGCCGCAGCCAAGAUCUCUGAUGGUUCCCAGUACUACGUCUUGCUCAUCAUCACUGAUGGGGUCAUCUCUGACAUGACGCAGACUAAGGAGGCCAUUGUCAGUGCCUCCUCACUGCCUAUGUCUAUUAUCAUUGUUGGUGUGGGACCAGCCAUGUUUGAGGCAAUGGAAGAACUGGAUGGUGACGACGUGCGUGUGUCUUCUAGGGGACGCUAUGCAGAGCGGGACAUUGUUCAGUUCGUCCCUUUCCGAGAUUAUGUCGACCGGUCAGGGAACCAGGUGUUGAGCAUGGCCCGGCUUGCCAAGGACGUGUUGGCCGAGAUCCCAGAGCAGCUCCUAUCCUACAUGCGGACCAGGGACAUCCAGCCUCGCCCCCCACCCCCUGCCAACCCCAGUCCCACUCCAACCCCAGAGCAGCCCUGAGAAGCCCAGCUAUACAAUGCCUAGCAGUCUGUCUGCCUGCUCACUCACUGCUUCUGCUGAAAGCCAAAGGGGCCUGGAGCUCUGGACCUCACUGGGAGGGCCAGCUUGAAGGAUCAGUGCUGGCUGGCCAAGCACCCUACCCCCUCACCCGCAGAAGGGCCUGGCACUACCACCACCUCCCUGCCUACGUGCCAAUAAUAAAGCUGAUCUUUACUCCA